AGCUGUCCGCUACAAUGGCGGCAUCGAUCCGUAGGAUCGAUCGACGAAGUAUCUCAAUUCUCCUUUGGUCGUCGCGAGGCUCUCCUUCUGGCGUCUUCGAAGAUCGCGUACAGCUCGUAUGGGUUGAAUAUUCGUCUUGGGAUGUCUCAUGGGUUCGGUCACCCAUCGAAGAAAACUGCGAUGUCCUUUUAGAUAAACCCGCCACGUCACACACAAAGAAAUCUCACACGAAUAUGCGUACCACCGUGGUGGCGCCGUACCGUUCGAUCGUAGAUCGCUAUGAGAAGGGCGCGCCGGCGGGGAGUCCCGUGGUACACGGGCGCCAGCGCCACGCUUCCUCGCUUGUAGCGCCAUCGCGCGUUUGUCGUAUCUAUGUAUUCUAUGCCUAUGAUUCUCUCUUGCCUGAACAACAAGCGUUCUAAACAUAUAGAGGUUCAUCAUUAUUUUGUUCGCGAGCGUUAUUUGAACGGAGAAAUUACUGUACAGCAUAUUAGUGGAAGCGAUCAAUUAGCUGAUUUGUUUACGAAACCUCUUGGUUGCAUUCGAUUUAAACAGUUACGUAAAUCGAUAGGUUUAAGUUGUAUUUAAGUUAGGCAUAACAUUUGUUUGUAUUAUUAUAGGAGGAAGUGUUAGAAGUAUAUAAUAAUACGUUUGAGUUUGCUAUAUGUAUGCUGCGCAUGCGUGUGGUUAGAGCGACGCAAAGUUUUUGGUUUUUCGGUUCGUUACGUACGAGCGAGCACGAACGUACAAGAGCGCGAACGAGUCAAGUCGUGUUUUUUACAUAUAUAUUUAGUUUUCGUUUUGAUAAGUCAAUAUUACUAAAAGCAGUGUAUUUUCUUAUUAAAUCAGUCAUUUCAAUACGUAGCAUUGUGUUAUGCAUCCUACUGCUCUUGCGCUGCCCCGUUAGCAAAAACAAUUGAUACCAAAAAGUGGUAUGCAAAUUGUAUCUUGAGAAAAAUUAAAAGAAUUUCUGAAUAGAACAAUUACGGUAAAACAUUGUACACAUUAUUAAUUGUAAUAUCUGAAGUAUUAUGAAAAGGUUAAUAGUAAAUCAUACUUUUCAUUAUAAUAGAAUGAAAGUUUACAAAUAACACAUGAGCAAAAUGUAUAAUAAUGGAAGUAAUAUUGAAGAUGCAAUAUGUAACUGUUGGACAAUUCUUAAAAGAUAAUUGUGAUUUGUCGUAUUCUGAUAUGCAAAUAUGCAUUGAACAUGAAAGUGAAAAGCAAGUAAAUAAUAAUUCAAUUUCAACAGAUAAAAUACUAUUACCAUGUGAUGUAGUUGAAGAAGUACCAAGGAAAAAGCAGAAAUGCAGUGUUAUGAAUAGUGGACAUAUAGAAUCGGACAAUAAGAUAUUAAUAUUAGAAGCAGAAAAGACAGGAAAACAAACAUUAACAAUGAAAGACGGAAUGAGUGCGUGAUAAUAAUAAAGUAUCAACAUCAAAAUAUAUAACUCACUCAGCGCUACAAAAUAAUAAUUCUGAUAGGAGUAA